AUGUCCCAGAGCCUCUAUUCCGUUUCCAUCUACGACGUUCUGGCCCCGGAUGCUACCGAGUACAUCAUCAACCAUGCGGAGCUUCACUGCGUCGUGACUUCGCUGCCACAUAUCCCCACGCUGCUCAAGUUGAAGCCUCUGCUGCCAAAUCUGAAGAUCAUCGUCAGCCUGGAUCCCAUGGACGCCGGUGAACAGGCCGGCCAUUCGAAGCGAGCUCUCCUCGAGUCUGUCGCUGCCGGGCAGGACGUCGCCAUCUACACGAUGGACCAGGUUGAGGAGUUGGGCGCUUCCGCCAAUCGUCCUUGCAAGGCCCCCUCGCCUUCGGACAUUGUCACCAUCAACUACACUUCCGGGACGACCGGCCCUCCUAAGGGAGUGGUUUUGACGCACGAGAAUGCCGUGGCCGCCACUACGGGUGCUCUGGUCACGGUCCAACAAGCCAAAGGCGAUACGAUGGCAUCGUAUCUUCCACUUGCACAUAUCUACGCGCGUUUGUCGGAACAUGCGGCCUUCUGGGCGGGCGCUCGGAUUGGGUACUUCCAUGGCAAUAUUGUGGAGCUGGUUGACGACCUGAAGAUACUGAAACCUACGGGGUUCAUGUCUGUGCCUCGUCUAUACAGUCGCUUUGGAAACGCAAUCCGUGCUUCGACCACCGAGCAGCCCGGCUUCAAGGGCGCGCUCUCACGACACAUUGUCUCGACCAAGAUGGCAAACCUGAAAACCCCCGAUUCUUCCAAGGCUUCCGUGAACCACGCUUUGUACGAUCGCAUUUGGGCCAAGAAGGUCGCCAGCGCUCUGGGUUUGGAACGCACGAGAAUCAUGGUUUCCGGCUCCGCGCCACUGGAUCCUUCGCUGCACGACUUCUUGCGUGUCGCUCUCGGGGUGGAUUUCGCGCAGGGUUACGGUCUUACCGAAACCUACGCCAUGGCUUGCGCUCAGGCCCCCAAUGACCUCACUGCCGGGAACUGCGGCCGACUCGCCCCCUGCACGGAAGCUUGUUUGGCCUCUCUGCCUGACAUGGAUUACUCGGUCGAUGACAAGCCGUACCCUCGCGGCGAACUGCUUCUCCGGGGCCCCAAUGUUUUCCGCGAGUAUUUCAAGAACCCGGAGGAGACCGCCAAGGCGAUAACGGAAGACGGGUGGUUCCAAACCGGCGACGUUUGCACCAUCGACGAAAAGGGCCGCAUCGUUAUCAUCGAUCGUCGGAAGAACGUUCUGAAGCUGGCCCAGGGCGAGUACAUUUCGCCGGAGCGACUGGAGGGUGUCUACCUGUCCGAGCUGGGGUAUUUCGCCCAGGGGUAUAUUCAUGGCGAAAGCGUUCAGACGUUCUUGGUGGGCAUUUUCGGAGUGCAGCCCGACACGUUUGCGCCAUUCGCUAGCAAAGUGCUCGGCCGGACCAUCAGCGAAGCCGAUAUCAAAUCCGUUCUGAACAACGAGAAGAUUCGGGCGGCCGUGCUAAAGGAUCUUGAGCGCGUUGCUAAGAAGCAUAAGCUUGCAGGAUAUGAACGGGUCAAGAACUGCGCGUUGAUGAUCGAUCCGUUCACCGUGGAGAACAACCUGCUAACGCCGACUCUGAAGCUGAAGCGCCCUCCGGCUGCAAAGCAAUACCGUACACUCCUGGAUGACCUCUACACCCAGGCGACGGCGGAGCAGUCUAGUCCUCGAGCCAAACUGUAG